AUGGCGCGCGCCCACGCAGUCAUGUCCCUCGCGCGCUCUCCCUAUCGAAUACAAGGCCGUCAUCUCCUCUCUCAAUGCCGUCCACUCCCCGCCCUACCAGUCUGCGGCAGCGCGCGCCGCUUCCACAACUGCGCCGCCCAGCACCACGCCGCCUCCUCCACCGCAUCAUCCCACGCCACGCCACCCAAACGAGGGCUCCGCGGUCUCGGGCUUCUCAAAGGAGGCCAGGGAAGCAAGCCGCCCCGCGGCGAGACCGCAGCCCCGGCCGCCACGCGCUACAUCCUGGGGCAGAGCGCCGACCAGCCCAUCCGCGCGCGGUUCGCGCCCUCGCCCACGGGGUACCUGCAUCUGGGCUCCCUCCGGACGGCGCUGUUCAGCAAUGUCGCCGCGCGGGCGAGCAAGGACGGCGGCGCCUUUGUCCUGCGCAUUGAAGACACAGACCAGGUGCGCGCCCCCGUCUUUCAUUUCUGGUACGCGAAGCUAACCACGCUUGUUCUUCAGAGCCGCCUCGUGCACGACGCCGAAGAGCGCCUGCUGCAGGAUCUGUCCUGGGCCGGUCUCUCCUGGGACGAGGGUCCCGACCGCGGCGGCCCCUACGGUCCCUACCGCCAGUCGGAGCGCUUGCCCAUCUACAAGGAGCACGUGCAGACGCUCCUCGACACGGGCCACGCGUACCGCUGCUUCUGCAGCCCCGCGCAGCUCGACGCCCAGCGGCAGGCCCUCCACGAGGCCGGCCGGCCGACGCUGUACCCGGGCACCUGUCGAGCUGUCGACGGCGACGAGUCGGCGCGGCGGGCGGCGGCGGGCGAGCCGCACGUUGUGCGCUUCCGCGGUGGCGCCGCGGCCGGCCGGCCGGCGCUGCGCGACGCCAUUUACGGAAAUUUUCAGAAAAGUGAGGACGAGGAGGACUUUAUCCUGCUCAAGUCGGACGGGUUCCCGACCUAUCACCUGGCGUGCGUGGUGGACGACCACCUCAUGAAGAUUACACACGUUAUUCGCGGAGAGGAAUGGCUCAUCUCCGCGCCCAAGCACAUCGCCCUCUACCAGGCCUUUGGCUGGACACCGCCCAUCUUUGCGCACCUCGGCCUGCUCGUCAACCCCGACGGCACCAAGCUCAGCAAGCGCAACGCCGACGUCGACCUGUCCACCUACAAGACGGGCGGCCGCAUCUUUCCCGCCGCGCUGCUCGCCUGGCUCGCCAACCUGGGGUCGUCGUUCAAGCCCAACGUCCCCCCGCCCCGGUCCGUCGCCGACAUUGCCGAAGCCUUGACGUUCAAAUUCACCCGUGGUGGCAUCAAGCUCAACAUGGAGAAGCUCGACUACUUCAACGCCAAGUACCGCGACGUGCUCCUCCGCGAACCACUCGCCUCACUCCCCGCACACGAAGCCGCGCUUCUCCGCACGCACCUCCUCGAGCCGACCCUCGCCGCCGUGCAGACGGCCACCGGUCAAGGCGUGGCCGCGUGGCCGCACGCCUCCCUCCCGCUCGAGCGAGUGCCGUCGCUCACCGACGUCGCCUACGUCCACGCCGUGCUCGCUAGCCGCGACGGGGGCUUCCGCACCGCCGACGACGUGGUCGCCCAGCACCCGUACCUGUUUUGGCGACCGCCGCAGGCCGUCUAUCGCGCGUCCGUGGCCGCCACGCCACCCGAUGCUCGCGUCCUGGCCGCGCUGGAGCAGGUACUCGCGCGAGACGAGCUCUGGGGCCAACGCGACGGCCAGCCGGUGGUGGAGGCGCUGCGUAUGAUUCUGGAUCCGCAAGGCAUCGAGGCACUGACCAUGCACAACGUGCUGCGUCUGGUGGGUGCGGGCGGUCAGGACGUCGUAUCGCAGAGCAGCGGCCGCAUGUUUGCUACGCUGGGUCGUGACGAGUGGUUGCACAGGCUGCGGUGUGUGCAGGAUCUUGUGUAA